UUUGCUUACGCUUGAAAUUAGUCACUUGUUGAAGUUACCAUCCUGAUACAAUUUCAUUGUGCAACCUACCAUGGCUGAAAAGACAACUGCUGUGCCGGCCCCUGCUUACGAGGAACAAGGUGAGACCCACGAACUUUCCUCCAGGGAGCCUCCAACGUAUAUGCAACCUCCUCAAAUACAAAAUUCUGCUUCUCAAUCGCCUCAUCUACCUCAACAGACCUUCUAUGCUGGCUCACAACACCCGAGCGGUUAUAAUACCCCGACUCCGCUGUAUGCGCUACAAAAAGGCCCGGCGCCUGUCGAUUGUCCGGCCUGCGGACAACGGCAGAUGACCCGAGUGCAGGCGGAAUCGGGAAACACGACCCACGCCUGGGCUGCAGUGCUCUGCUGCUGCUUAUGCCUUGGAUGUAUCCCAUAUAUGGCAUCAUCGCUCAAGGAUCAGAAUCAUUACUGUGGAAAUUGCGGUGCGCUGCUGGCGACUUGGCAUAAUAGUGGGCGGACAGAAGUGCAUAAAAUAGGCAGGACUUGAUGCUGCUUUUCAUUCUUCUCUUUUUGGAUACCUUGAUUUCUUUUCAGUAUUUGAACGCACUUUGGAAAUAGCUGCUGCGACCAUAUUUGGACAUAUUUGAUAUGAUCAAGGACAAGCAAAAUGUGAUCCACCUUGAC